GGUUGAACAGCUCUUAUUAUCAGAAAGUUCUUUCGGUGGUAAAAAGAGGCGGCCCCACAUCCGUCGUGAUCCUCCGCCAAGUCGUCAGUUGAAAACCAAGGAGAAUGAUGCAGAAGCGCCUUUCCCUGGGAGCGAUGUUAUUGCUGGAGCACUCCUACUGUCGCCCAGCCAGUCCAGAUGACACCAGCAGAAAAUAUACCUGCCCGAUCUGUGGCGAGUGCUUUGCCUCCACGUUGGCUCUUGCCAGACACCAGAGAAUCCACACAGGAGAGAAGCCCCAGAACGGCAGUGAGAGUGAGGAAUGUUUUGGUCAGAGUUCAGGGCUUUUGAGCCACCAAAGUACCCGCCAAAGAGAAAAACCCCAUAAGUGUGCAGAGUGUGGGGAAACGUUUUCUCAUCGAUCUGUCCUUCAGCUCCAUCGGAAGGUCCACGCAGCAGACAACUCCUACAACUGCCGGAAGUGUGGAGAGAAACAUUCCCGACUCUCGGAUUUUGUGAAGCAUCUCAGAGCCCACGCAAGAAUAAAACCGUACAAAUGCUUGGAGUGUGGGAAAUGUUUCCCUCAGGAAUUGCAGCUUUGUGAACACCAGAGAGUCCACACAGGAAAUAAACGACACAAAUACUUACAGUCUGAGACGAGCUUUUCUAGACGGCGGCAACUGGUGAGACGUCAGCAGAUCUAUAAGGGGGGUAAACCCUAUAAGUGCAUGAAAUGUGGCAAAUCGUUUGCUCAGCACACUGUCCUUGUCAUCCAUCGGAAGGGCCACUCGGGAAAGAAACCAUAUAAAUGCUUGGAGUGUGGGGGAAAUUUCCCUAGCCGAUCAGUUUUUGUGAAACAUCAGAGAAUCCACACAGGGCCCCACAGAUGUGAUGGGUGCGGGAAAAGUUUUCUCUGGAGAUCACAGCUUCUUGUACACCAGAAAAUCCCCACAGGACAGAAAUGCCACAAAUGCAGUGAUUGUGAGUCAUCCUUCUCUUGUAGGCCACAACUUGUUAUUCAUCAGCGAACCCAUUCAGGAGAAAAGCCUCAUAUGUGCUUGGAGUGUGGGAAACGCUUCCCCACAAAAUCAGAUCUUGUUCAACACCAGAUAAUCCACCCAGGAAAGAAACCCUAUCAAUGCACAGAGUGUGGGAAAUGUUUUCUUGAUAAAUCUGCCCUUUGGAGCCAUCAGGCGGUUCACAGUGGAGAGAGGCCCCAUAAAUGUGCGGAGUGUGGGGAAAGGUUUGUUUCGCCGUCAGAACUUGAAAUCCAUCAGGGAAUCCACACAGGAGAGAAACCCUACAAAUGCAGGAAAUGUGGAAAAUGCUUUGCCGGCCUAGCAGACCUUGAUGAACACCAGAGAGUGCACACAAUAAAGGGGCCUUAUGAAUGUAGAGAUUGUGGGAAAUGUUUUUCUACUUCAUCACAUCUUAAUAGACAUAAGAAAGCCCACCCAGGGAAGCCAUAUAUAUGUUUGGAAUGUGGAAUGAUAUUUUCUCAUUCACAUACCCUUAAGGGGCACCAGAAAAAGCAUACAGUAAAUAGAUGCCAUGAAUGCUUGGAAUGUGGAAAUGUUUUUCUAGGAGAGACGGUCUUGUGA